AUGAAGUUCUUCGCUCCUCUUCUCUUCGCCGUUCAGGUCAGCGUUGUCUUCGCCGUCCCUCUCGCCGGUCCAACUGUUUCCCUGGACUCAGCAACUGUGACUGGAGUAACUGAAGGACGUGUGUCUAGGUUUCUUGGUAUACCAUAUGCUCAGCCUCCAACCGGAGACCGCCGAUUCCGUCCACCAGAGCUGCUGUCAUCCUACACCGGAUCUGUCGAUGCCACCUCCGCAAAACCAGCCUGUCCACAACAACGAGAUAAAGUUCCUUAUGUUUCUGACGGGCUUCUUAAAGAGGUCAUCGAUUAUCUCAUCAAGACCUAUGAGACGAAUACCACUCCCGAUAGUGAAGACUGCCUCAAUAUCAAUGUGCUGAAACCUGUUAACGCGACUACCGACUCCAAACUUCCGGUCUUGGUGUGGAUCUUUGGAGGUGGAUUCGAGGCUGGAUCAGCCAACGGAGAGGGGGGCCAUGGCAUUGUCGAGCGUUCAAUCGACCUGAAUGAUUCACUUAUCUUUGUCUCAAUGGAUUAUCGUGUCAAUGGAUUCGGCUUCCUGGCCAGUAAGGAGGUAAAGGAAGCCGGCGUAGCGAACCUUGGUCUUCGUGAUCAAAGAGAAGCCUUGCGAUGGGUCCAAAAGUAUAUCGGUGCCUUUGGUGGCGACCCUACGAAAGUCACAAUCUGGGGUGAAUCUGCCGGAGCCAUCUCUGUGGGGCUGCAAAUGGUCGCUAACGGUGGUGAGACCGAGGGGCUUUUCCGCGCCGCGUUCAUGCAGUCUGGGGCGACGAUUCCAGUGGGAGACAUAUCUCAUGGUCAAGUCUAUUAUGACCAGCUUGUAUCGACAACAGGUUGUUCGGGGUCCCCUGACACGCUUGCUUGCUUGCGCCAAGUUCCGUACGAGAAACUGUAUGACGCGAUCUCCGACACCCCCGGAAUUUUCAGUUACCAAUCCCUCCAUUUGGCGUGGUUACCGCGAGUAGAUGGAGACUUCCUCGGUGAUUCUCCACAACGGCUUGCACAGCAAGGCAAAGUUGCUGAUGUUCCGUUUGUGUCUGGUAAUUGUGAUGACGAGGGAACUGCCUUCUCCCUGACUAGUCUCAACGUGACCACUGACGAUGCAGUCCGGGAAUAUCUGAAAACUGUUCUCCUACCCCCGGACGUCCCUGAUUCAGACCUUGACGAGCUCAUGCGGGUGUAUCCAGCAGAUAUCACUCAGGGUUCUCCCUACGACACCGGACCUUUUAAUGCCCUAACACCUCAGUUCAAACGUCUCUCGUCGGUACAAGGCGAUGCAGUUUUUCAAGGUCCUCGCCGAUUCCUGCUCCAAUCGGUCAGUGGAAAACAAGAUAUGUGGUCAUUCCUGAGUAAGCGCCUGAAAUACUUGCCAUUCGUUGGAGCCACACACGGAACAGACAUCCAGAACGUCUUCGGAGGUGGUGACAUGGCCGACUAUCUCAUACGCUUCGCUGCAAUUUUAGAUCCUAACGGAAGUACUGGGAUUCCCUGGCCCAAGUAUACCACGGAAUCGCCAAAUAUGUUGACCUUCCAGGAUGGUCUGCCGAGUUUGGUAAUUACACAGGACACAUACAGGAAGGAAGCGAUGGAAGUCGCUACGAAAAUCCUGUUGGAACAUCCGCUGUAG